GUACCUUCUACCCAGCCCUGGGGAGUGGGUGGAGGCGGACCUUGUCCGGGUCCCCAAGGUCCCCGCGGGCCAAGUGAGGGGGGGGGCGGGGACGGGGCGGGGCCUAAGGGCUCAGGCGCUGCAGGCGGCCGGGGGUGGAGACACAGGCUCCCCGAGGCAGCCUCCUGCCCGUGGCCCUGGGUGCGGCGCCCGGCUGGCGGCGGCUGCGAUGGAGUCGGGCUGGACCCCGCUGAGCGCGCUGGGGGCGGUCACCGCCGCGUGGCUGCUGCUGUGGGGGCUUUGGGGGCUGGGCCGCACCGUCUACGUCUUCCUGCUGCCCCAGGUUCGCCGCGACGCCGCUUGGCUGCGGUCGCAAGGAGCCUGGGCAGUGGUGACCGGAGCCACCUCGGGCAUUGGCAGGGGUUACGCGCACGAGCUUGCCCGGAGAGGUCUGAACAUCGUCCUCAUCAGUCGAAACCUCAGCAAGUUGGAGCAAGAAGCAAAGGAGAUAGAGCGGCUCCAUGGAAGGACCACCAGAGUGAUCCAGGCCGACUUCACGGGGGGCUUGGAGAUCUACGAGUCCAUUGAGGCAGGCCUGAAGGACCUGGAGAUUGGAGUCCUGGUGAACAACGUGGGUAUGCUGUACCACACCAAAGGGUUGAGGAGACUGCUGGACACUGAGAACCUCGCCAAGGGCCUGUCGGAUAUCGUGAACUGCAACAUGAUGUCGGUGACCCAGAUGAUCCGAAUCAUCCUGCCCCAGAUGGUCUCCAGGGGCAGAGGCGUCAUCAUCAACAUCUCCUCCGAGGCUGAAAAUAGCCUCAAACCUUUCAUGGCAGCCUACGCGGCCACCAAGGCCUUUGUGCGAAGCUUCUCGGGGGCGGUGGGAGCCGAGUACCUCUCUCGGGGUAUCACCAUUCAGACGGUGAGCCCCCUUUUCGUCUCCACAAAUAUGACCCAAAACAUCAGCCCCGGGCUGCUGGUGAAGGGCGCCGAAGACUACGCGCGGCAGGCCUUGGACACCCUGGGCCUGUCCUCCCACACCUCCGGGUGCCUCAGCCACGCUGUGCAGAAUUUCCUGCUGCGCGUCACCUUGUUCAAUCGUUUUUACCCAAGUCAGUUGGCAGUUAAGUUGACACCUCGGAUUUUGUGGUUGGUUGAGCCAAAGCUGACCAAGAUGACUUGAGGAGGGUGUGGCCGGCAGGGCCGCUUGUCGGUCCCCUCCUCUCUGCCAUCGUGGGCUGAGGCUGCUGACAAAGAGUCCCACACCGUCGGAAGAGAUGGACAGACAGGCCGAUGGACCCUGGACACCUGGACAUUGAUUGAGUGAUAAGAAUGGCACCUCCAAAAUGGGGUUUUCAAUAUGUGGUACUGAGACAACUAUAGAGCCUCUUGCAGAAAAGCAAACUAUAAAAAAUAUGCUAAGAUUGUG